AUGAAGUUCGGACGCACCAUCAAGACUUCGCUUUAUGCAGAAUGGUCGGACAAGUACCUCCAGUACUCGGAGCUCAAAAAGGAGAUCAAGAAUCGCAUGUCCAAAAACAAUGGCGUCUGGACCGAUAAGGACGAAGACGACUUCGUCGCCAUCCUCAGCAAAGAGCUCGACAAGGUCUACAACUUCCAGAAGGUCAAGGUUUCGGAGCUGACCGAGCGCAUCAAGCAGGCCCAGUCCGAAGUCAACCUCCUCGUCUCCUCGCGUCCCAACUCCUCCACCUCACUCCCAUCUCGCGCCAACUCUCGCCCCUCCUCGCAUGCAGGUUCCGAAGCCGAAGGCGACGACGAUGCGCCACGCAAACGCAGAAGCCUCUACGCUGCACACGAUGCUGGCUCCGACGACGAAUUUGACACCGACACGGAAGACAGCGACGCCUACGAGGAGCGCUUCCUAGAGCUCGAGGAACGUCUUGCCAUCAUCAUUGCAGACGUGCACGACCUCGCUCUGUUCACCAAACUCAACUACACUGGAUUCCACAAGAUUGUCAAGAAGCACGACAAACAGACCGGCCGUCUUCUGCGAAAGGAGUUCGUGCAGCACUACCUCUCCUCGCGUCCUUUCUACAAGGAGAACUACGACCAGCUCAUCGUGAAGCUCUCCAAACUCUUUGACCUCGUCCGCACCCGCGGCAACCCGGUCCAGGGCGACUCGAGUGCCGGAGGAAGUCAAUCUGCUUUCGUCCGUCAGACCACCAAGUACUGGGUUCACCCGGACAACAUUGUACCGCUCAAGCUCAUCAUCCUCAAGCAUCUUCCCGUGCUCGUCUUCAACGCCGACAAGGAGUUCCAACAGGAGGACCAGGCGAUCACAUCCAUCUAUUACGACAACGAAGAUCUCGAACUCUACCUCGGCCGUCUCGAAAAGACCGAGGGUGCUGAGGCGAUCCGUCUGCGUUGGUACGGAGGUAUGGACAACAAGCAGAUCUUCGUCGAGCGAAAGACGCAUCGCGAGGACUGGACCGGUGAAAAGUCGGUCAAGGCGCGUUUCCCCAUCAAGGAGGAGAACGUCAAUGCCUGGAUGCGAGGCGAUUACACCAUGGACGAAACCUUCGAGGCGCUGCGCAAGAAGGGCAAGAAGUCGGACAAGGAGAUCGACUCGAUGCUCCAGCUCGCCAACGAAGUGCAGUACUCGGUGCUGACGCAGAAGUUGCAGCCCGUCAUGCGCAGUUUCUACAACCGUACCGCAUUCCAGCUUCCUGGUGAUGCUCGCGUCCGUAUCUCGCUCGACACCGAGUUGUCGCUCGUGCGCGAGGACAACUGGGAUGGCCGUCAGCGUGCAGGUAACAACUGGAGGCGCAUGGACAUCGGCAUCGACUACCCCUUCGAGCAGCUGCCCGCCGAGGAUAUCGAGCGCUUCCCUUACGGCGUCCUCGAGGUCAAGUUGCAGACCCAGCUGGGUCAGGAGCCUCCUCAAUGGAUCCGUGAUCUGGUUUCGAGUCACCUGGUCGAGGCCGUGCCCAAGUUCUCUAAGUUCAUUCACGGAUGUGCCACGCUUCUGCCCAACCGCGUCGACCUGGUACCCUUCUGGCUUCCGCAGAUGGACAUCGACAUCCGCAAGCCGCCCUCCAACAACCUCGCCAUCGAGCGUCCCAGCUCCAUGACCCACAGUCCGGCCGGAUCGUCGCGGCCCGACACCCCCGCCUCGAGGAACGGACACACGCCCUACAAUGAGCCGGUUUCGGAGGACGAAUUUGAGGGCGCUGACGAUGACGAUCGCGGUCACGCGAUGGCAGACGAGUCGCGCGAAGCCGACAACGCCGGCAUCUCAGCCUUUGACCCGCGCAUCCGAGAAGCGCGGGAGGAAAGAGAGCGCAACAUUCGAUUGCGUCAGCAGGAACUCGAGAAGCAAUUGGCGGAGAACCCGGAUCAGACUUCCAGCACGGCAGGCGGCAUGCUCGCCGUUGCCUCGGCCUCGGUGGCCAAUGAUCGACGACCGUCAAAGUCCAAGGCUGUCGCACCUACCCGCGAAGAGAUCCUCGCACCUUCGCAUCGUUACGACCAUCACUUUUUCUCCAAGCUAACGCCGAAGAACAUCCAGCGUCUGUGGAAGACGAAAGGCUCUUCGCACGAACACGCCGAUGGGCACCACACUGGUGACGAGGCGGACGAGGAUGACGACGAGGACGAUCCGGUACGACGCGCGCUCGAGGGCCAAGACGAAGAAGUGCCGCGCGGACCCAACGUCGAGUACGUUCGCGAUUUCCACGCGCAACCCGGCAAAAAGGUCAGCGUACCCAUCCGCAUCGAACCCAAGGUGUACUUUGCCAACGAACGAACCUUCCUCAAGUGGCUCGAGUUCAACGUCUACCUCUCGGCUCUUGCCAUCGGUCUGCUCAACUUUAGCAGCCCUGGCGAUCGUACCGGCUUGAUCGCAAGCUCCUUCUUCACCAUCGUUGCGCUGGUGGGCAUCGCCUACUCCGGCGUGAUCUUCGUCAUCAGAGCGCUGAAGAUCAGGCAGAGGGAAAGCAGCAACGUCUACUUUGACGCGUACGGUCCGAGCAUUCUCUGCGCGGCGAUCUUGAGCGCCGUGGUGGUCAACUUUGUGCUCAGGUUUAUGGAGAGUCAUGAGAAGAGGGUGGGGAGGGGCGUGCUGAAUUGA